AUGUCUAAUUUUACAUGCAUGGGUCUAUCACUGAUCUUAAACUCCUUAAAAUGCCUAGAAACACCAAACUACGAUAUCAUUGAUUUAGUAGCUAAUCAGAUUUGUCUAAAUAUGGAUAAGGCAAACAUGCAAGACAUUACUUUAAUUGCAAACUCCCUAUCAUAUUUUCACAUAUAUCACCUGAGGUUUUGGAACAGUUUGAGUAGCUCCUUGUCACUGCGCCAUCACCAAAUAACACCUUUACAAUCCUCGCUGCUAGUUGCAGCAAUGGCGAAAUUGGACAUACGGCUCUACAGGGUUCCAUUUAUUUUGGGUAUAUUGAAAAGUAAAUUAUAUCCAUCGGUUGAUAAGAAUGAGCUUCCAAGUAACCUUCUAACACUAGUUAUGCACUCUUUUGCAAAAUUGGAAUUUGAUGCCCGUAAUUUUUAUUCUUUAUGUGUAUCAUCAUUUGGAAAUAUAUUACUGGAGAGACCAGAACAAGUUGAUGGUCAAUCUCACGUACUCUUCCUAUAUGCCUCCGUCUGUCUUUUAGAACCAGAACACCAAAUUGUUGAAAACAGUUUGAGAUAUAUUUCAACAAAAUCGGAGUAUCUGAACAACUAUAAAACAAUAAAGCUAAAGGCUGUUGUAGAUUUUCUAGAUUACAAAUAUCCAGAUUUCGUUAAUAAUCUUGACGAAAAACUGAAAUCAUUCAUUAAUACACUGAAAUCUACAAAGACUAAAAAGGUAGAUGAAAUAGAUAUGAUAUUGUGCGACAGAUUGAAAGAAAACUUUCUCGAUGGGCCAUUGAAGUCUCAAGAUUAUUGGAAAAGAGUGGAGUUAAACAUAAAAGAAAUGUACUCUUUGAUUACAUUUAUGUUGACAUAUACAUGA